AUGGGUCGACUGUCCAUAAGGAGCUUGUUCCUAGUGCUGGUAGUGUGUGUGAGUGUGAAAACGAUCGCUGGACAGAAAUCUCGAGUAUGCUUUGCUGGAUCUUCCGAUUAUUCCACGAAUACAGCACUUGGUUUUUGUUCGCAAGCGGUUUAUAUUUCACUGUCUAUCACCGGAAGAGGUCUCAUCGGUUUGAUCAAUCCAGCUAACGAUGCCAGUGGGCUGCUAGGCGGCAUUGGGAAGUUUGCUGCUCGCCAAACUGCGUUCCCAAACGUGGAGUUCUAUUUAGGUGCAAUUGCAGUUAGCGGAACAACAACAUGGAUGCUCACUGCGACCUCACGGACAGCAUUGAUAAAUUUAUUGCUCUUGCAACUUCAAGAUUACCCUCAAUUGGCAGGUUUAUUUAUAGACUUUCAAGGACUUACGGCUAGCUACACCUCUGCCUACAGCAGUUUUAUGGCGGACUUGUACACUGUUUUAACAGCCAACAACUUGAAGCUAGCAUCGGCUUUACCGUGGGACGCCAGUUCCUCAGCAGACAUUUACUUCAGUGCAACAUUACCCAAACUAGCGUUUAAUGCCGUUAAAACAUAUGAAGAUAUGUACACAUCAUUGACGACUGUUACGCAUCCUCUCAACCCCUUGUUUGCAAUGUCCUCUCCAUUCAACAUCGAAACCUCAACCAUCUACAAUAAUGUUUUCCGUUGGGUUAUAAAAGGCAUUCCAACGACAAACCUGAUUAUUGGUCUGUCAAUGUACAGCCUUAAAUUCACGGCAACAAACGCCAAUGCGUUCGGUAUGACGGCCACAGCCGUUGCUACAGAUACUUAUUGUAAUGCGUUAUUGUUUGCUAGCACAAACACCCUUGGAGCUUCCCAAGCUGGCGAAGGAUUUGCAUACAGCUCAUCGACUUUUUACACUUUCAACACAUUUGCUUCGAUCAACGAUAAACUUACAUUUGCCACGGCAACUAAUAUGGGUGGAGUUGGAGUGUACUCGCUGGACCAAGCGGGAAGCACCAAUGCUGAGUUACUGCGAUUCAUUACCAGUGUUCUUGCACCGACACCUCCUACCGGAGUUACCUAUCCAGCGGCCGAGACCGCAACUUGUGGCUCGCCGAUUACAUUCCCAGCAUCCCUGACGACGACUGCAUCUGCUACAACAACGACGAGCGCGAUAACAACAACCACAGCAGGUGGUACUACUGCAGCAGGUGGAGGAAGUACUACCGCAGCCGGAGGAGGUACAACUGCACCUGGAGGAGGUACUACCGCAGCCGGAGGAG